ACCCCUUCGUCCGUUGCCUCUGGUGUGGGGAUUACGAGGUCGGUCUCGCUCCCUUGGUCCGCUCACGCCUCUCGACGAGUCCCCGCCGCAUUUCGAUUCGAACUCCGCCCAAACAAAGACGCCGGUCGUCGAAAACUGCAUGCAUAUCGUAUUUUCUUAAUUCAAGAGGAGGAAGAGGCUAUUUCCAGGUGGAAUCCGGGAGGGGCAGCCGAGUCUCUCGAGGCAGAAAACAACAUUUUGGGUUCUAGGCUGCUCAUCAAAGCACGGACGAGAUGGCAAACAAGGUGUUACUGGCAUAUGUGGUGGCCGAUGGCCUCUUCGUCAUCAUGGGAGCCAUCAUGCUAGGGUUCUCAAUUGUCGUCCAGAAUACCAUGUUUGAGACGCCAACCGCAGGCGGCCAGGCAGCGCGAAAUCUGCUGUACCAGAGAUUCCCUCUCACAGCUGGCAUCGCCAACGCCGCCUUCAUAUUCGUCACCUUCCUGCUCACGAUUCCCGCUGUUACCAUGCCCACACGGGGCUGGCUUAAGGUGGGCGGUGGAAUGGUUACGAUCUCCGCUUUGUUCAGCCUGGUCAUCGGCCUGUAUUUGUGGAUCCUCACCCUGAAGACGAAGCAGGACAUGUCUGCUCUGUGGAUCGCGCAGUCGGCCGAGGUCCAGGAGUUGAUGCAAACCCAAUUCAAGUGCUGUGGCUACUUCAACAGCUCGUCACCUGCCUUCGUCACCAACCCUACAUGCCCCAGCCCCGCCGCGGCAGCACUCAUGCCCGGGUGCUCGACCCCGCUCACGUCCUUCGCCAACAUCUUUAUCGACAACAUCUUCACUGCCGUCUUCGGUGUUGUUGGCAUCGACUUUGUCUUCGUCAUGGCAACCGCGUGCCUGCUCAAGGACCGCAAGGAAAGGGAACGCUUCCGCCAUAUCGAUGAGAAGGCUGGGCCCAUCGGUACUCUGUAAGGGGCCCUGCAGCCCUUCUGACCAUGUGUGGGGAAGGUCUACGCAGUUUCUUUCCAACAUGAAGAAAGAGAGCAAGCAUGAGGGAUACAGUUUCGGGAUGCUUGACUGUUUAUCUGUCGGAUGUCGACAGAAAUUUAUUGGAGCGUUUUGGAUAUGCAGGACCCCUCCACCUAUCCGGACGUCUCGCGGGUGGCCAAGUCGUGUGCUCGCUGGUAUUCUGUGUUCGCUAGAUGGAUUCGAGUUCUGUAGUGAA